CCACGCACCCUUGAGCUACUUCUCCCUUCUCGCCUGCCGACUGCUGCCGCUCACGUCACGGCCCACCGCCCGGCGACCACAUUCCAUGUCGGACGAAAUCGAUAACGCUUCUCCUCCUCCUCCGCCGCUGCCGCUGCCGCUGCCCACAACGACGACGACGACGACGACGACGAUCCUCACGCGCCACCAAUGCCCCGGCCGCGGUAUUCCGGCUCCCAGCCCGAAUCCUUCAACCUGCGCUGGCACAGCGUCGUCGACCCUGCCACGCCCAGCGCUGACAUCAUGUCGUCGCCGGAUCCCCUCAACGAUCACACCCUGCCCGGCGGCGACUUCUUCGCGCCCCCCUCCUCGGCGACGCGCCGCGUCACGCGCAGCCAGCGCUCCCAGCGCUUCGUCGCCCUGAGCAGCUCCCCGCGCAAGCAAAUGUUCGAGUUGCAGGUCGGCGACAGGAGAUCCCCCCAGCGCCUGCUCGUCACCGUCGAGACUGAGGGGGGCGCCGCCGCCGCCGCGGGCAUUGACGAACCUGCCACCGUGGGCCCGCGGCGCAAGCUGUUCCAGUCUCCGACCCCCCGAUCCGUGACGCGCCGCCGCAGAACGCCCGCUGUCACCACCACGACAGUACCCCUGCGCGACACCACCGAAGAGGCAGACGUCCUCGGCGACGCGCCCGCUACGCCCAGGCGACGGGGCCGCCCGCGCAAGUCCAACGGCACGCCCAUGCCCAGCGCCGCCAAGAGGCGAGCUGGCACUCCUGCUAAGACCAGGACGCCGCGACGCCCCCGGACCGCGCAGACUGACGACGAAGAUGCAGCUCCAUCCGAGGCCGGAAUUGCUCCCACACCAACAUCUAGCAAACGGGGACGACCUCGAAAGAACCCUGCGCCCGAGCCCCCUAGCGAGACAGGCACAGAGACCACCCCCGGUGCGACAAGACAGAGCAAGCGAAGGCGGCAUGCGCUCGCGCCCGAGGAGUUGAUCGAGCUCGCCGAUGCGGCUGCGGACCACAGCCAACCCCAGCUAUUCACCCGAGUCGCGGCGCCAAGCGAAAACGAGAUGGAGCUCGUGGGGGCGCCUUCGGAAGCCGCGAGCUACGCGCCACUGGCAGAACCGGCGUCGGACGACGAUGCGCCGGAGCCGGAUAUGUGGAUGGAUGCACUCGACGAUGAUGCGACACCAAGAGCAGCGGCGCAAGAGCCGCGACAACCACUGGCACCGAAGUCGCCAACGCCGCGACGCGCCUCGAUUUCGCCGCGGCACAAGCGAAGGCGGAGCGAAGUCGGGGCCAACAGCUCUCAGGCUGGCGACUAUCUCGACCUUGUUCCCGCGCCAAGCGACGUAUCCUCUGUCAACGAACCCGGAGGUGCCACCAACGACACCAUUGCCCAGGGAGAGGACUUUAGCAUGAUUUUUAUGGAUUCAAUCCCAUCCCUACAGGGUUUCUUCAACAGCUCUAUCCCCCCUAGAGCGCCCGCGGCCGAGGAGGAGGAACUCGGUGAGGAGACGAGCCUCAUCAUCAACAACACGCUCGAGACUCUACGGCAGAGCGUUGCGCAAAGGGAAACGCCUGAUCAGGUCGCGGCGCCAGAGUCAGAAAAGGAGGCCGCCGCAAUACAGUUGGACUCUCCACGCUCCGAUCCCCCGCAUGGGGGAAUUGAGGUUCGCAGCAAUAACCGGGAGGAACAUUCGGCAAUGGAUCUGCCUCGGCAACAAAGAGAUGCGGGACCAGACGCAGAUGGGGAUGAGCUGGCUUCAAGCGACCCUCCCUCUGCCCUCCCGCAACUUCGGAGCUUCGCGCGGCCUACCCCGGCCCCAAGAUGGUCCAGCAGCCCGCGAAAAGGUCCCGCCUCUUCUCCGCUUCGGUACCGUGUGCUGAGAGCUACAACACAACAAGCGCAAGGCUCUCCGUCUCCUCGGAAGCUGGCGGCGUCUGGCACGCCCAAGUCGGGUCGCGCAAACGCGCGGUCCCCUCGUGUUGAUGCGGAGGCGUCAAAUUUGUAUGACGACUCGUUCUCCGAGAUUCCGCAGGACAUCCUUGAGGCUGCUACGCCGGGGAGACACCUUGCCACGGCAGAGCAGGAAGCUGGCGACGAGACGGAAAUUGACGAGUUGCAAGUCGGCGAUGAACAGGGUCCAGCUGGUGAGACGAAGAUUGACGAGCUGCAAGAGGGCCAUGAGCAGGAGGAUGUGGAGAUGGUAGCGGAAGAACAGCAAGAAACGUUUCAAGAGGCAGGCGGAGAGCGGCUGCACCUGGACGAAGCAGGGUAUCGUCAGGAAGAGGCCAUGCUCAGUAGUCAUGAGGCCGCCAUCGAGCACGAGAUGGGAACGGACGAACAACAAGACGAUCAUGACGACAACGUGGAGACUGUUGAGCAUGAGCUCGAGCCCGACGUGGAAGUGGACGAGCAGGAACAAGACCAGGAGCAAGAAUUGCCUGCCCCGUCCGUUGGCAGUUCCGCAGCACGGUCCGACGCCGGUCGCCUGCCGACGCCAGACGACACCCUUUCGCAGCCCGACGCCGAGGAUCAAAGCGAGCCCGAGCAGUCGGUGCGAGGAUCAACGGCGUCUUCAAAGCUUGCCUCGCCUGUGCAAUCCCAAGCUGACGCGGAGGCGUCUGCUGGCUCAAGACUCAGCAUGGCUGAGACUGAACCCGUCGACUACGCAGAGCCUCUGGAGGAAGAGGAGGAGGAGGAGGAGGAGGAGGAGGAGGAGGAGGAGGAAGAGCCAGAGCCAGAGCCAGAGCGAUCCCCGGAGGCGGCAGUGGUCGCGUCGGAGCACUCGGUCGACGCGACUCCGGUUCAGCAGAUCUCGUCUCCAUUGCAAGAGCCGCAGUCGCUACAGCAAGAGACCUUGCAGGACAAGACGGUUCGGCCCGCUCUGUCUGCCAUUGUCAGGGCUGGGCGGAUGCUACAGAGCAUCACCUCGGAUCCGCCAUCGCCCGAGGGCCGGGAGAAGCAGCUAGGCAGCCCGUUCAGGAGUUCCGGCAGCAAGGAGUCGUGGAACGGCUCGCGCGACAGCCAAAACAGCCAGCACAGGAGCAAGAGCCCGCAGCAGCAGCAGCAGCAGCAGCAUCUUCUUCAGCCCAUGGCUUUUGGCGAGCCCGUAGCUGCCUCGAGCAGCCCGGUCAGAGAGGCUGCCGUAGGACAAAGGCCCGAGGAUGAGACUCUUGCUGAUGAGGCCCGUGGUGGUCACAUGGUAUCACCUGCGAGAGGCCACGCCUCGCCGCAGAAGCAACAGCGGCCUCGCUCAAGAGAGUCGGCAGCCAGCUCCAUCCGGAUCUCCCCGGCAAGCGAGGCCAUGAGCUGGAUCGUGCGAGAAGGACCCAUCAGCCCACGCCUGAGAGGAGACGUUCCGCUUCAGCACGCUUCGCACUCGUCCACCAUCGGCGCGAUUAAGAGUUCCGCGUCCCAUGGACAGACCGACGAGACUGUGGACGAGCCCGACGAACUGAGCGCGGGCGUGCGAGACGACGAGACGGACAUCUGGGAGCUGGAGGCCCAGCGCGAGUCGCCGGUCAAGACGACUCGGCAGCAGCCGUUUGGGAAGAGGACGACCACAGCGGCUAGCCUUCGUCGCCGCGGGAUAGCAAGCCCUUGGAGGAACAAGCCCGCAGGGGUAGCAGCGAGUCUGUUGGCAAGAGACACUCCCGCCGUUCCUCAACCGCAGCAGGCCGCGCCGCAACCACAGCCCAGCGAGGCGGAUGAAUACUCGCUGCUGAGGACAUCACGACAACAAAAGGAGGGCGCGACAGCUCCAGCAGCGCUCCCCGAGUCGGCAUCAAAGGCCAGCCGCUUCGAGCUUUCGUCCUUCUUCUCCUCCCCCGCUGCCAUCCCCGGCAUGCUGGCACAAAAGUUCCUCCCAGCAAAGGCCACCAUUGCUAUCAAGGGCAACGACGCGUCUGCAUCUGGAUCGAAGCCCGGCCAGGCGACGUCGUCCCAGCCAACGGCGGCCAUGCCGACGACUUCCAUGUUCCCCCAGAUACCGCAGAAGGACUUUCGUCCCAGCAGCAGUCCGCGAAGAGACUUGUUCUCUCCAGCCCGGUCUCAGCAGCAGUCCGUCGGGGCACCAUCACCCGCACGACCACCGCCACCGCCACCAGUCGUCGCUGUACCUCCCGUCGAGGCCGACCCGUCGUCUCCCGCGACCCCAGAGAGAAUCUCCGUGCCCAUCACGGUGUCGCAAAAGCAAAACUUCACGCCCCGGCCCAGGCAGGCCAGCCAGACCUUCUUCCAGCCCUCGUCACAGCGCACCAUCACCGAGACCCCGCCCAGGAUGCAGCUGUCCCACGAAGACAUUCACCGCUGGCAGCAGCAGACGUCCAACGCCAGCGAGGAGCAGUCGUCGCCCGGCCUCGGCCGCCUGCUCCGGCCCUUGCCUCCCAAGAACGCGUCGCCGACAAAGUCGAGCCUGCGGUCGCCCCUGAAGCCCCGCACCCCCGGACGAGUCGUCGAGUUUACGAGCAGCGUCCUCUCGCCGGCCGAGCAGGCCAGGGUGCGCCAGGAGCGUCGCAUCUCCAGCUCGUUUCUCUCCGAGCAGCAGCCGGACUCGCAGCCGGUCGUCGCAGGUGCCGGCUCCGGCUCCGAGGCAGCCGGUCCCGAGGUCGACACAGAGGAGGACAAGGAGAACAGCACCUCCAACAGCAACAGCGACGACACGGAGGACCUCUUCAUGACCGACGCCGUGGCCCAACAGCCACCAGCACCACCGCCAGCCCAGAAGCGGGCGCCAUCCCGGGCGGCUCAAGCACAGCAGCAGCGGCGACAGCGACUACAGCAGCGGCAGCAGCAGGACGAAGAGGACGACCAAGGGCCCCUCUCGCUGUCCGUCUGGAGCCGCAGGCACUGGCUCCUCCUCGACGCGAUCCUGCAGCUCCGGCGGCAGGGCCCGCUGCGCACGCCCUACCCGCGCCGCGCCGACCGCUACCUCGGCAAGACGGUCAAGAGCCAGGGCGAGGCGAUGCGGCUCGAGCGCUGGCACCUCGACUGCGUCGACGCCUUCCGCGCGCAGGUCGGCGGCUGGGACGAGGGCGCCCUGGCCAAGCGCCUGUUUGCGCUCAUCCUGGGCGAGGAGCAGAGGAAGAGGAAGGGGGCCGCCGCCGCCGCCGCCGCGACGACCACGGUCAUGUUUCACUGACGACGUAUUAUGAUGAAUGAUGAAAUCGCGCACGCACAGACACA